AUGAACAUUGAAAAGGCCUUAGGAGAAGGGAAGCUUCUGGAGGUAGUCCAGGGGGAACUGCUCAAGGAGAACCUAGAGACAGCAUCCAGUGCCCAGCUGAGCAUUGCUGUGACUGGGGACUCUGGCAACAGCAUGUCCUCCUUCAUCAGUGCACUGCAGGGAGUUGGGCCUGACGAGGAGGCCUUGGUUCCUCCGGGGGUGGUGAGGACCACCCAGAUUCACACAUGCUACUCUACCUCCAACUUCCGUGUGGUGCUGUGGGACCUCAGCGCAGGGGCUGCCUCCCAGAGCCUGGAGAACUGUCUGGAAGAGAUGCCAUUCAGCCAGUACAUCAUCAUUGCAUCCAAACAGUUCACAUAAAUCUCAUAAAGCUUGCCCAAAAGCAUGCAGGGCCUCGGAAAAAGCUUCUACACUGUCUGGACCAAGCUGGACAGGGACCCCAGCACACAUGCCCUCUGGGAGGAACAACUCCUGCAGAAUAUGAAGAAUAUCCAGGAAACUCCCCAGAAUGAGUGGGCAUGUGAACACAAUGUAUUUCUGGUCUUUAGCCUUGACCCCUUAUUGCAUGACUUCCCAGAGCUUAAGGAUACCUUGCACAGAAACCUCUCUGACAUCAGGUACCUAGAAACCCUGUCCCACACCAGUGAGAAGAUCAUUAAAGACAAGGCAACCUUCUUGCAGAAGAGAAUAGCCUUACAGUGUCUUCAGGACACCCUUGGCAUCUAGGAUGAAGAAGAUUUGGAGUAGUUUCUGAAUGCCUAGUGCUCACUCUUUGGUGUGGUUGAUGAAUCUCUCCAGCAGGUGACCUAGAGUAUGGGAGAUCCACAGGAGGCCGUCAUGAAGUCCCUGGAUGUGUACACUCUCCAUAAAAUGAACUGGAGACUGACUUCCGUGACUUGUUUAAUUAUGAAGCAUUCCUUAGCCUUCCUUAGCUACAUCCAUUUCUUGGGUGACUAUGUCACUCUUUGUUUCAGAAGGUGGAGGUAG